AGAUUCAGAAACAAGAGCCAAAGUUGUAGCACAGGAUACAUGACUCUUAAAGUCCGACUGCAAUCUAAAGUCAUCUUCAUAUGUCCAAACACAGCCACUGUGUUACAAAAAACUUUAACAGCACCUCAAUCUGCAACCAUCUAUGAAAACCUUUGGAUUACCUAUGACAGAAGUGUGUUUGACCAAUGUAAUACAUCAUUAAGCAAUACUAGCAACCUUUUAUUCAGUUGCAAUGAUCCAACAGCAUUGAAAUAUUUUCCUGUGGUAUUUGCCGAAUUUACAGCAGACCCAAACUCGCUGAAGUUUAAAGAUGGAAAGAAGUAUUAUUUUAUUGGUAAGUGAUAGAAAGUCAAUUUUACAGGACUGAGGGACCCAAAUUAUGGGCUGAAGUUUGGAGGGGAGGGGGGGAGAAGAAGUGUUAUUUUAGUGGAACGGGUGAAGAGUCGCAGUACCUUAAAGUUUCCACAGUAGUGACUCCCUGAGAGUUAAACGAACCAAGUUCUGUUUCUCUAUAUCACAUAAAAAAUUAAUGCAUGAUCAGUGAUGUUGAGUUUUAUGUACUUAUCAUGUAAAAUUUGAUGCCCAGUCCAAAAUCAUUUUAGUCCCAGUCCACACACCAAUGAUUUUACUGUAGUAUUUGUGUGAAAAUUCUUCUCAGUAUUAUUAGUUACUUCUGGGCCUCUUUUUCUAUAAGAUUGCUCUCUUGACUAACUUACUAACCAGGUUUUAUUACGCUACAUGUAUAUUACAUAAAAGGAUAUUCUUCAAAAUCAUCUCCAUGUCAAGUCAACAAUUGUUUUGUAUGUUUUCUUAUUGUUUAUCUAUUGUAGGGACAUCUGAUGGCACACAGACACACCUCAAUGACCUUAGUGGAGGUCACUGCAAUGACACAAAAACUGGAAUAUUUAUGAAAAUUGAAGUAUAUGUCUGCAAAAAAAGUAAUCUAACUCAUACAGGUAAUGUUCAAUUACUACAGUGUAAUUAA